AUGUUCACGGUUCAAUAUAAGGAUAAAGUAAACGGUUGGCAAAAACCUAAAAUUGUACCUUUGGGUAACAUAAGCCUACAUCCGGCAUCAAAAGUUCUUCAUUACGCAGUCGAGUUAUUCGAAGGAAUGAAAGCGUAUAGAGGAGUAGAUGACAAAAUAAGACUUUUCAGACCGGAUUUAAACAUGAUAAGAAUGAAUCGUUCGGCCGAAAGGUCAGGUCUGCCAACAUUCGAUUCCGAAGAAAUGAUUAAAGUUCUUUGCCGAUUAAUACAAAUCGAUCAAGAAUGGGUUCCACAUUCCGAAACAUCGAGUUUGUAUAUAAGGCCAACGUUGAUAGGAACAGACCCUGCUUUGGGAGUUAUAACAUCCGAAUCGGCAUUAUUAUUUGCAAUAUGUUCUCCAGUCGACAGUUAUUUUUCUGGAGGAUUUAAAUCCACGUCACUUUUAGCAGAUCCUAGAUAUACGAGAGCAUGGCCUGGAGGUUGCGGAGAUAGAAAAAUGGGUUGCAAUUAUGCUCCAGCCGUAAAAAUUCAACGUCAAGCCGUCGAUCAAGGACUUCAAUCCGUUUUGUGGUUGUUCGGUGAAGAUGAUCAAAUCACGGAAGCUGGAACUAUGAACAUAUUUAUUGUUUUAAAAAAUGAAAAUGGAGAAAAAGAAUUGGUCACUCCUCCACUCUCUGGUCUCAUAUUACCCGGAAUAAUAAGAAGUUCCGUUUUAGAUUUGGCAAGGGAACACAAAAGAACUUUAAUUUCUGAAAGAAACAUUAACAUGAAAGAAUUAAUUUACCAUUUGGAAAAGGGUCGAUGUUUGGAAAUGUUCGGAGUGGGUACGGCUUGUGCUGUUUUACCAAUAACAUCCAUUUUAUACAAAGACACACUUUUAGAGAUACCAACACUCGAACAAAAAGAUAAAGAAUUCGAAUUUUACUAUAAGAUUUUAACGAGCAUACAAUAUGGACACGUCGAUCAUCCCUGGGGUGUUUGCAUAGACGAUUAUUACAAAAGCGAAAUCAAAUAA